AUGGAGAAAGACAUUACUUCGUUAAAUAGGACUCGUGGUGGAAUCAAGGCGCAAAUAACUAGACUAUUAACGUCAAUAAAGGAUCAGCAGUUUGAGGAUGUUGAAAUAGAAGAAAUUGAAGUCAAGUUGGAUAAAGUGCGUAAAUUAAAUCAACAGUUUGAACUUUUAAGACAAGACUACUACAAAGUUGUGAAAAGAGAUGAAGAUUUAGUGGAAAUUGAAAAUAGCUUCGAGGAUAUCGACUCGGAUCUCCUAAAAUUGGAGGCUUUGGAAGAUAGAUUUGAUAAUAAAAGACUUAUUGUUAAUACUCACAUUAAUGAAAUAUUUUCGAUUGAAAAGUUGCACAAUGAAAGUGCCAAAGAUUUAAGAUCAUUAGUUGAUCAACUACAUAAACAUUUAAGAGCUCUAAAAUUAUUGGAUUUAGAUUUGGAUAACCUAAGUGAAGCUAUGUUGAUUAAUAUUGUUAUGCAGAAAUUGGAUAAAGAAUCGCAAAAUUUGCAAAGUAAUAUCGUUCAGUCACCAAAAUCGAAAUUUAUUUCCCAAAGUUCUAAACCACGUACUUUAGUAACAAAGGUAAAUGACACUUCAUCAAAGUGUCCUGUUUGUCGUCUACCAGCAAAUCAUCCUAUCUAUAAAUGCAAAAGUUUUCUUGAUUUAAAUGCUGUGGAACGUUUUAAUAUGGUUAAAAAACUCUCCCUCUGUGUGUUGUGCUUAAAACCAGGGCACAAAUUAGCCUUUUGUCGCCAAUCUAAGUACUUGUGUAACAUCUGCAAUGGUAAUCAUAAUUAUCUCUUGCACAGACAUAACAAACCUUCGAUCGGAGGAGAAAAUGUUACUCAUUCCGAAGCAAUUCCUUCGGAGCCGAGGGCUGAUUUAUCCCCCACAGAUGUGACCUUGGCCGAUUCACAGCAUACUUCCUCUGCCUGCUUACUCAUAAAAAAUAAAAGCGUUCUACUUCCAACUGCAAUAGUACUUAUUCAGAAUAUUUAUGGCCACUUCUCGAGGGCUAGAGUAAUACUAGAUAGUGCUUCACAGGCAAAUUUUGUAACAAAGCAGUUUGCUGACAGCGCGAAUUUGCGGAAACAAAAAAUAAAUACAUCGGUUUCUGGAUUGGGAGGAAUUUCUACUUCGAUUGAAUAUGAGGCUGUUGCAAAUAUAGCCAAUUGUAAUGGAUCUUUCUUUUUAUCACAAACCUUUUUUGUAAUAGAUAAAAUUACGGAUAUGGUUCCGGCAACAAAUGUUAAUUUAGAGAAUUUAGAAAUUCCACAGGUUAUGCUUGGUGAUCUAGAAUUUACACGGAGUUCCAAAAUUGAUGCUCUUUUGGGUGCUGAAGCCUUCUUUGAAAUUAUCAAGGGUGAACAAAUACGUUCAUCUCUAAAUUCAUUAAUAUUUCAAAAUACUGUAUUUGGUUAUGUCGCUGGUGGCUAUGUAAAUACAAAUAAUCAGGAGCCAUGUACUAAUUUAUGUACUUUAGUUUCUCGAAAUGAAAAUAUUGAAAAAGUAAUCGAAAAAUUCUGGUUAGUGGAAAAUAUUAGUGAAGAAAAUACUAUUCUUAGUAGUGAAGAAGAGUUUUGCGAGGCUCAUUUUAAAGAAACCCACACCAGAAAUAAGGAUGGUCGAUUCGUAGUUAAAUUGCCGAUGAAAGAAGGUUUGUUGGGUGAUUCUAAAGCCUUAGCCAACGUUAGACUUAACCAAACAGUUAAGCGAUUGCAUAAGAAUCCCAUGAUGAAAAAUUUAUAUAAGGAAUUUAUUGCAGAAUACGAAAGUUUGGGUCAUAUGGAAAAGGUGAAUAAUGACCUUUGUGAAGGAUCUUAUUAUUUGCCGCAUCAUGGAGUUUAUAAACCUGAAAACUCAACCACAAAAUUAAGGGUUGUAUUUAAUGCCAGUGCCCCUAGUACAUCGGGACAAAGUUUAAACGAUUUGCUUCUUGCCGGUGCAGUGAAAGAAAAUAUUUUUGAGAUAAUGACUAGAUUUAGGACUUAUAAAUACGCAUUUACGGCAGAUAUUAAAAAGAUGUACCGUCAAAUAUUAAUUGAUGAAUCGCAAAGAAACCUCCUAAAAAUAUUAUGGAAGGAUAAUAUGAAUGAGUCUCCAACUACUUAUCGCCUUAACACUGUCACUUACGGCACAAAAUCGGCUCCAUUUUUGGCCAUUCGUUGUUUGAAGCAACUCGCUUUCGAUGAAGCGAAAAAAUUUCCGUUAGCUUCGCAAGUUACACUAACAGACGUGUAUAUGGACGAUUUCGUCUCGGGUGCUGCUACUUUAGAAGCAGCCCAGGAAUUACAAAGGCAGUUGAUACAAAUGCUGCAAACUUGUGGCAUGGAGCUUCAUAAAUGGACUUCAAAUUCCUCUGAACUCAUAAAUAAUAGCUCUGAGGAAACUAACCAACAAUAUUUUCUCGUUGAUCGACAUUCUUCAGUAAAAGCUUUGGGUCUGAAUUGGCAACCAAAAGAAGAUUAUUUUCUCUUUAAGGUAGACUUAAAGAUCAAGCCUUUCUACACUAAAAGAGACGUAUUAUCUGUUAUCGCUCGUUUAUAUGAUCCAUUAGGUCUCGUUGGUCCUGUUAUCACAAAGGCCAAAAUUUUUAUGCAAAAAUUAUGGAUCCAGCAAUUGAACUGGGAAGAUACUCUCCCUCAGUCAAUUCAGCCAGAAUGGUCGAAUUUUGUGACAUCUUUGAAAGUCAUCGAAAAUCUCAAAAUUCCUAGACAUAUCUUGACAGAAUCUUAUGAAAGAACUGUUAUAGUAGGUUAUGCUGAUGCUUCUGAAGCUGCUUUCGGAGCGGUAGUUUACAUGAAAUCUAUUAUGGAAGAUGGCACAGCUGUCAAUAAACUUAUUGCCAGUAAAUCAAGAGUCGCUCCCAUUAAAGUAAUUUCGAUCCCUCGUUUGGAGUUGUCAGCGUGUCUCCUUCUCUCGCAGUUGAUAGAAAGAAUUCGUCCUUCUCUUCAGAUGAGAAUCCGUGAAAUAAUCUGUUACACAGAUUCAACAAUUGCACUUGCCUGGAUAAAGACACCUCCAUAUAAACUAAAAACUUUUGUUGCUACUCGGGUAUCAAAGAUACAAACUCUAACAGAAAACUUCCAGUGGAAACAUAUUUCUUCCCAACUGAAUCCUGCUGAUGCAAUAUCUAGAGGUUUGAACCCUCAUGAACUCUUAACCAACGACUUAUGGUGGUGUGGUCCUGACUAUUUACCGGACUCUAAAAAUUAUUCUAGUGUUGAACUUGAUGAGUCUGCAAUUUCAGAUGAACAAUAUCUGACUGAACUUAAAUCACAGUCAAACAUUAGUUUAUCUUCUAAUAAAACAAAAAUUACCGGUCCAAUCACAAAUAGUGAAUUGAAAAGAGCAAAAAGGAAAUUAAUGGAGAUUAUUCAGGUAAGUGAAUUUUAUAAAGAGAUAAAGGCCCUAAGAAACGGAGUAACUUUGAAGAAGGGUCCUGUAAGUCAUUUAAAUGCUUUUUUAGAUGCAGAUAAUUUGUUAAGAGUAGGUGGUAGAUUGGUUCAUGCAGAUGUUAGUUAUAAUCAUAAACAUCAGAUAAUACUGCCUAAAAAGCACAAAAUUACCACUCUAAUUUUCCAGUAUUAUCACUUAAGGAACUUUCACGCAGGACCUCAAUCAUUAUUACAUUUUGUUCGGCAAGAAUUUUGGCCCAUUGGAGGCAAAAAUAUCGCAAGAAAGGUUGUGCGCAACUGUAUAACUAGUUUUAGGUGCAAACCUACUCCUUUAGACCAAUUAAUGGGGAAUUUACCUCCAGAGCGAGUAAAUCCCAACCCUGUAUUUUCUAACACAGGUGUAGACUUUUGCGGUCCAUUUUUCAUAAGGUACAAAAAUCAAAGAAAGGGUAAUCUACAUAAGGUGUAUGUAGCUAUUUUCGUAGCUAUUUUUUAUCUCACAUUUAUUGCUUGCUUGAAAAGAUUCUUCUCACGUCGAGGGAAAUGCUCAACUUUAUUUAGUGAUAAUAGUAAAACCUUUAUAGGAGCCAACAAAGAAUUGAAAAAACUCGCUUCACUUGUUAAUUUUCCUGAUGAAAAUUUAUCAAGGUUUUUGGCAAUGGAAAAUAUCUCCUGGAAAUUUCUUCCCCCUCGGGCCCCUAAUUUCGGAGGACUCUGGGAGUCUGGAGUUAAGUCCUUCAAGCAUCAUCUAAAAAGAACUGUUGCUAAUGCAAAAUUAUUUUAUGAGGAGUUUUUAACUCUUAUUACUCAAAUAGAAGGCAUCCUAAACUCAAGACCUAUCUCACCUUUAUCUUCCGAUGCUUCGGAUUUAGAACCAUUAACUCCAGGCCAUUUUUUAAUAGGCAGGCCCAUAAAUUCUAUCCCAGAGCCUUCAGUAAUAAAUGAACUAGACAGUAAAUUAACCCGUUGGCAAAGACUGACAAAAAUAGUAGAACAAAUCUGGAAACGCUGGUCGAUUGACUAUCUAAAUCAUUUGCAAGACCGAAAAAAAUGGCGAUUUUCAAAAAAUAAUAUUAAGGAAAAUGAUAGGGUUAUACUAAAGGAGGAUAACCUUCCACCUUUUAAAUGGUGUCUUGGAAGAAUAAGCCAAGUUAUUCCCGGACAGAACGGCAAAAUUCGUGUUGUAAUUGUCAAAACUAAAAAUGGUCAUUUUAAAAGACCAAUAUCUAAAAUUUGCCUCCUACCCAUUCAGACUUGA